CAUGCGCUUUCACGGCAGUCUCAGUGCAGCGAUGGCGUCUUCCAUUGCGAUGUGCAGGUUGCAUUUGAGGGGCAGCCUCUCUAAAUGCUUUAAAAAAGUAGAUUCAUGUUUUCAAAGAAAGUUCGGAACGAGUACUGCUGCUACGAAGACCGAUGCACCCAAUAAGAAAUAUAAAAUCGACUCAAAGGAUGGAAACAAAUCUUUUUACACAGUCCAAGAGGAGAAGAUAGAGCAGGCAGAGAGAUCUGUCCUUAUCAGCUGCCCGGCCAAAACCAACGAGAAAAAGUUCCUCAGCUAUUUAUCCAGACAUGGAGAUAUCAACAAAUGUUUCUUUUAUGAAAGCUACGGCACAUAUGCUGUGGUGGAGUUUUCCAACAAGGAGAGCCUCACAUCACUCCACGAAGGGACGGCCAUCCCCAGUAUCAACCAUGAAGCUACAGUGCCUUUCAAGUCCAGACUGCUUUCGCUCAGAAACGCUGGUCCUGUGGACAUGUCCAAUGGCCAGUCCGCCCCUCCGUGCCAACCACAGACCACCAUACACAUUAACGACCUCAUACAGAGACUUUCCAAAGAAGCCAGUAUAGACCAACAAAUCUCCUCCCUUACAGAGAUGUACCAGCUGACGGAAGAGAACGUCUGCCUGCGCUUCCUGGUCUGCUCUCUUCUAAAGGACAUAGCUGCUGCAUAUUUCCCAGAAUGCACCAUUCGGCCCUUUGGCUCCUCCGUCAACGGCUUCGGGAAGCUGGGCUGUGACCUUGACAUGUUUCUGGACCUGGACGGCAUCAGUGGAAGGGAUCUGAAAAGGCCAAAAGCAGGGCUCUCCUUGGAGUACCAGACAAAGAGGUCUGCGUCUGAGCGGGCGGGUACCCAGAGUAUCCUGUCUGUGAUCGGGGAGUGUGUAGACCAGUUUGGGCCUGGCUGUGUCGGGGUGCAGAAGAUCCUCCAGGCUCGCUGUCCCCUAGUCCGAUUCGCCCACCAACCGUCAGGGUUCCAGUGUGACCUCACGGCUAACAAUAGGGUAGCGAUGAAGAGCUCGGAGCUUCUGUACCUGUAUGGGGGGCUGGACCGGCGGGUGCGUUGCCUGGUGUUCAGUGUCCGGUGCUGGGCUCGGGCCCACAGUAUCACCAGCAGCAUACCUGGAGCCUGGAUCUCAAACUUCUCUCUCACUGUCAUGGUCCUAUUCUUCCUCCAGAGGAGAACUAUUCCUAUCCUGCCCACCCUGGACCACCUCAAGGAACUAGCAGGCCCUCUAGAUAAGAGUGUCAUCGAGGGAAACGACUGCACAUUUGUCAGCGACUUCACAAAAAUAGGACUGCAAGACAACACAGAGACAUUAGAGCAACUGCUGCAGGAGUUCUUUGAGUUCUAUGGAACCUUCGCGUUCAACCGCAUGUCGAUCAAUAUCAGAAAGGGCAGGGAGCAAAACAAACCCGAGAUGUCCCCAUUGCACAUCCAGAACCCCUUUGAGCCCGCGCUGAACGUCAGUAAGAAUGUUAACGGAACGCAGCUGGAGCGCUUCGUGGCGCUGUGUCGGGAGAGCGCCUGGAUGCUGCAGCAGCGGGAGUUCAACGUACCGCACGUCGGCAGCGCUACCAGAAACCACGCCCCCUGGGGCCUGGCAGCGCUCCUCAUGCCCUCGGUCUCCCAGGUGGCCGGGGUUAAAGGUCGUAAGAAGAGGAAGAGGGAGCCGGCCAGCGAGAGGAUAAAGGGCCUGCUGGAGUCUCUAAAGAACAGUGAGGUGAAGAGCUAGAGAGCGGCCAUGCAGUACAGCCCCACUAGAGGUCACUGGUGAGUUCUGGGUCUAUGGGUAACAGUGGCUACAUGGCCGUAAAGAAUGGACAUGUGAGGACUUGUCCAAUUUGCUUUUCACACAACUGCAAAUAACCGAUCAGAGCCAAACCAAGCUGUACUGAUAUGGCUUGCGCCAUGGUUGCUGCAACCUACCUGAAAAGGACAAUGUGACAACAGUUUGGUUUUGUUCAGCACGGUAGUGUGAAAAGGGUACCUGUGACCAGAUGCUCGUUAUAAGAAAGUCCGGCUACUCUACAUGGCGACGUUUGCACAUCGAUGUACAUAAAGACUUGACGUCAUAGCGUCCGCUGACACCGUUUUGUUUGUAUACAUUUAGAGCCGAUGUAUUCAGAUGUUUUUUAUUAAAAGAUCCUGAACAGUAAUUCUGAAAAGUCGUUCUCUCAUGGCUAACCAACAGGAAGUUUGAAAAGGCAGGCUGAGUGGGCGGGGAGCUUAUAUUCAUGAGCUCGCCUUGACUGACAGCUCUUUGAAACGCUUACGUCAAGCAACUUGGAUGCCGUUAGCAGUGUUGCAGUGAAAUCAUCUCAAGCAAAUUUGGUGAGACACAAAGCAACUCAAACAACAUUGAAAUUGCAUGAAUUAGGCCUCCCGAGUGGUGCAGUGGUCUAAGGCACGACAUAAUAGUGCUAGCUGUGCCACUAGAGAUUCUGGGUUCGAGUCCAGGCUCUGUCGCAGCUGGCCACGACCGGGAGACCCAUGGGGCGACGCACAAUUGGUCCAGCGACGUCCGGGUUAGGGGAGGGUUUGGCCAGCAGGGAUGUCCUUGUCCCAUCGCGCACUAGCGACUCCUGUGGCAGACCGGGCGCAGUGCACGCUGGCACGGUUGCCAGGUGUACGGUGUUUCCUCCGACACAUUGGUGCGGCUGGCUUCCAGGUUAAGUGGGCAUUGUGUCGAGAAGCAGUGCGGCUUGGCUGGGUUGUGUUUCGAAGGACGCAAAGCUCUCGACCUUUGCCUCUCCCGCGUUCGUACGGGAGUUGCACCGAUGAGGCAAGACUGUAAAUUCCUGUUGGAUACCACAAAGUUGGGGAGAAAAAGGGGUUAAAAAAUGUUUUUUUUAAUUGCAUUGUUUACAUAAUAAAAAAUAUAUCUCCCCAU